AUGCGGCGAUCCGUCCUGGUCCCGAACCCUGGUCACAAAGGCCCAAGGCCCGUUUAUGAGGAGCUCGACUCUGACUCCGAGGACCUGGAUCCCAACCAUGAAGAUCUAGAUCCAGUUUCUGAAGAUCCUGAAGAUCCAAACACUGUUACCGAAGACGUGGACUCCAGCUAUGAAGAUUUUGAGCCAGUCUCGGAGGAGCUGGACCCCGAGCCAGCUGCCGAAGCUCCGGGCGCCAUCUUGGGGAACCCAGACUCGGAGCCCCAAGAUCUUGACCCCAUGUCUUCAAGUUUCGAUCUCGAUCCAGAUGUCAUCGGCCCUGUCCCCUUGGUUCUCGACCCAAACAGCGACACCCCCGACUUGGACCCCCUUUCCUCCAGCCUCACUGCCACUCCCGAAGUCCUACCCACCAGCCCCACGGUGCUAGCAGCCCCGGCCAGCCCGCCGCGGCCCUUCUCCUGCCCCGAUUGUGGGCGCGCCUUCCGCCGCAGCUCAGGGCUGAGCCAGCACCGCCGCACCCACAGCGGGGAGAAGCCCUAUCGCUGCCCCGACUGCGGCAAGUCCUUCAGCCAUGGCGCCACGCUGGCCCAGCACCGUGGCAUCCACACGGGCGCGCGUCCCUACCAGUGUGCGGCCUGCGGCAAGGCCUUCGGCUGGCGCUCCACGCUGCUCAAACACCGCAGCAGCCACAGCGGUGAGAAACCGCACCACUGCCCCGUGUGUGGCAAAGCCUUCGGCCACGGCUCGUUGCUGGCGCAGCACUUGCGCACACACGGCGGCCCACGGCCCCACAAGUGUCCAGUGUGCGCCAAGGGCUUCGGGCAGGGCUCCGCGCUGCUCAAGCACCUACGCACACACACAGGUGAGCGGCCCUACCCGUGCCCACAGUGUGGCAAGGCCUUUGGCCAGAGUUCGGCUCUGCUGCAGCACCAGCGCACGCAUACAGCCGAGCGCCCCUAUCGCUGCCCGCACUGCGGAAAGGCGUUUGGCCAGAGCUCCAACCUGCAGCACCAUCUGCGCAUCCACACAGGCGAACGGCCCUACGCCUGCCCGCACUGCUCCAAGGCUUUUGGGCAGAGCUCGGCACUGCUGCAGCACCUCCACGUGCACUCUGGCGAGCGCCCCUAUCGCUGCCAGCUCUGUGGCAAGGCCUUCGGCCAGGCCUCCAGCCUUACCAAGCACAAGCGCGUGCAUGAGGGUGCAGCGGCAGCGGCGGCUGCGGCUGCCGCCGGCCUGGGCCUGAGCCCUGUACCCAUGUUGAGACCCAGUCAAGUCUCCCUUAUGGGUCCCGACGCUGCCUCCGUUCUGGCCUCCGGUCUAGGCCUCCGCGCUGGUCCCAGCUCUGGCCUUGGCCCUGACCCUGUCUCUGCACUGGGCUCCCUUCCUAAUCCCAACCGCAAACCCAGCCCUGGCUCUCCAUCCACCUCCCACCCUGAGCCUGUCCAGUCUUCUGACCCUAAGCCUGAUCAGGAGGGCAAACCUGACCUGGCUUCUUCCAGCCCUGACCUCAACUCCUCUUCCAUCCACGACACUGUCAACCCAGCCGCCCCUACUGAUGAGAGUCCUGUGUGGUCACCGGAGCAAGAGGCUCUGCUGAGUCCCGAUGGCUGA